AUGGAUCGUCCGCGUUGGGGGUCCUUAGGCAUCAAUGCUGACGAUAACUUCGAGUCGACCAACAGGCCCUAUCAUGCCAAACGGCCCCAUAAGAAAUCGCGUGCUGGAUGUUCGCAGUGUAAGAGGCGUAAAGUGAAAUGCGACGAGGGGAGGCCGACGUGUAGAGCAUGCAGGCUUCGAAAGGAAACCUGCGUAUAUCCAGGCACCGCCGUAACACCGUCUUCGCCCUCCACCCCCAAUUCUUCAUCUCCGGGGCGUUCUCCUGGCUUAUCCCCUAGCAGCGACGCUGGUACCGUCGUCGCAGAACCUCUUUUUCGGCCUCGUCAAUUGGUCGAUGCUCUAGAUAUGAAAAUGCUGUGGUUCUACACCACCUGGGGCUUUCACUACUUCUCCAUCCAGACCGGUCGCUCCGCCGCCGUCGACCAUGUGCUACAAGUAAAGGUCGUAGAGCAUGCUUUCCGGUCCCCGUUCCUGAUGGACUGCUUGAUGGCAGUGUCGUCGUUGCAUCUUCGCAGCAUGAAUCAACCUAUUCAGGCUCACCGCACGGCCAAUUACUGUGCCAGGGCGUUCGAAGGCUACCGGAAUGCCAUCGAGGCCGCGAAUCCGGCCGACUACCCCGCUCUAAUAGCAUGCUCACUCCUGAUCGUCGUCGUGAGCAGCCAAGCAUUUCGGGACCCGGAAGGGAAAUCCCUGUACAUUAUUGACUGGAUGCAAGUCUGGCGCGGAAUCGGCUUGAUUUUUGAGAUCGUCUCACCGGCCGCCCUCCAGGAGUCAGGGAUGGCGGUUCUCUUCUACCGGCCGCCGGUCGAUCUGGAGAAGGCCACCGGCUAUAUCCCCAACAACCUUCUGUUCAUGAUCGCAUCGAUCCGGCCUGGAGACGCGGACUACGGACACGAACAAACAUAUUACGACAUGCUCAAGUACCUUGGCUCGCUCUAUCAGGAGAUGAGAGAGCAUGGGUUCAAUCCCAUCUUAGACCUCCGCGUUAUCACAUUUUUUACAUUUAUACCGAAGAGUUUCAUUCCGCUGGCAAAAGAACAUCGACCUCGGGCCCUGGUCAUAUUGGCUUACUAUCUCUGCUUUACGAAACUGAUAAGGGAAGUGUGGUGGAUGCGAGACAUCUCAGACGACCAAAUCAGCCAGGUAUGCAGAGAGAUUGGUGACGAAUGGUCACAUCUUUUGCGCGUGCCCCAAUCGGUUCUCAAGAUGACCGACAAGGUUGAAAUCGCACAGACGAUCAUAAAUAAUCGUAAUUGGUCUCCGGGCGAACUAGAUCUCUACGAGAAGAAUCGGGAUCCUAGACUAGAUACAGAUCUCAAGUUAGUCAACAACUCGGGAUCCGAAGUCAGGGCCUACCGUAACCAGUGGAGGCGGAAGGCGUCCGUGGAGAGCAUUGAGCGCGGUGACGUCGGGUUCGAUAUGUCGUCACUUGGACAGUCUGCCGAAUUCUCUCCCGACGUUGCAAAGCCAGUAUCUGGCCCGUCAUAA